AUGUUAUUACAAUUAAACGAUGCCGUUGAAGUGUCCUCUUCCAUCGAACGGUCCCAGCGUAGCAGCAAACCUAGCCAACAGACAAAGGACUCCAUUCGAGCCGAUAUACGCAAUGAAGACAUCAACGGUACCGUUCUUAACAGAACAGUUCCGAACGCCACUACGCCUACCGGCAUUCGAUCGUACGCGCACGUAACUGUUGCAAUGGCACACGGUAAUACCAACAGUACCAUGUCGGUAUCGGCCCACGUACCCAAGGCAACAACAUCACCAACACUGAGGGCGUCCACACCCACCGAACAACCUGCCCGCAAGGUAGACAUAUUAAUCUACCCAACAGUGUCACCGGAAACGAUCGUCGUACCGAUCCUGUCCUGCAUCGUGGGUUUUCCCAUCUUUGCCCUGCUAGUCAUCUGCUGCCUGCGUCGCCGGGCAAAGAUUGCACGAGAACGUGACCGGCGGCGAAAUUUCGAUCUAAAGGCCAACACCAUUACGCUGGUACGCUUCAAUUCACACCACCUCAGCAAUCAACGCUCUAUCCUGCUCCAGUCUGGUGACAGUUUGAGCCGUGGAUAUCCGUCUCUCGAUCUGGACACCGUGUACGAGGAAAAGAGCGACACACACUGUAGCAGUCAGUUUGACUCUCCAGCUGCCCAUAUACUGCUGACGGACUCACCACCCGACACGGACAACGAACAGUGCUAGCAGUACGAGAGUCCGGUUCGUUCGCGAGCUACCAGCCCGGAACAGACCGGUCCACUACUGCCCGUUCGUACCAACACGAUCACCGGGACGAUCGCAACCGCUGCGUACGGUGCGUACGGCAAAGAUCGUGACGACACGGUGCUAGAUCUUGUGCGGGGUAAACGGAAACGGUUCCGGAACACCAAACAUAAGCGCUUAGCCGUUUCGCACAGUGAAACGAAUCUUAGCCGACUAGAACGUAAUGCGAACGAUCGAAGUCCGGCUCGAUCGCGCGAUGGGUUGAGCAGUGGCUGUAGCAGCUCCAGCAACACAAACACCAGCUUGGACGAGACGGGUAAGGAUGGUAAGCAGCAGCCCAAGAGUAGGUAUGGGUCAAGGAAAAAGGCACCACGUGUCCAGCGGCAAAAGGAAGUAUGCGAAGGCAUACGCGCACCGCUGUGGACCACACUGACCCAUGCACAGACAAUAAGUGACUAUGAAAUCUAGAAAUCUUC